UGAAAAAUACUUGCAUGCUUUAAUAUUCGUAUUUAAAAAGUAUGUGAAGCUGCAGCACAAAGUACUAAACAAUCUUUUGUUUGUACCACCUCUUUGUUUGUCUGCGCAGAAAACUGCUUCCUGGGACGGCCAUUAUUCCUCCUAGUUUUUGUUCAUUGUUUCGAAUUAUGACAUACAUGACUUUGUUGCAGCGCAUUGAGUUGGAGCGAGGAAAACGGGAACCCGGAGAAAUCACGGAGCUGAAUUUGGACAACUCGAAAUCCGUGGAUAUCGAAGGUCUCACGGAUGAAUAUUCGUCCUUAGAGGUCUUGAGCAUGAUGAAUGUUGGUCUUCAAAGUUUAGCUGGUUUGCCUUGUCUUACCAGCUUAAAAAAUCUUGAGUUGUCGAAUAAUUUGAUAUCUGGUGGUCUUGACGCUCUGCUCAAAUGUCCCAACAUCGAGCAACUUAAUCUAAGCAGUAAUAAGAUUGAAUCAAUGGAUGUAUUGAUUCCACUGGCUAAGCUAUCCGAACUCAAGAGUCUGGACCUCGGAAACUGUCCUGUCACCGCUACGGAGAAUUACCGUAAAAAGGCUUUUGCGAUGAUCCCAUCUUUAAAGUAUUUGGACGGUCUGGAUGAGAACAACGAGGAAGAAGUGUUCGGGAACGACUUUAUGAAUGGAGGUCUUGAUGAAGAGGCAGACGGUGUCGAUGAAGCUGAUGAAGAGGAUGAUGAAGGAUCUGAUGAGGAAGACGAGUGUGACGAUGAAAUCGGCAUUGAAGCCCUUCAACAAAGUGGUGAACUUGAAGAUGAUGAGGAUGACUAUGCUCCAGGCGAAGAUGAGGAAGCCGAAUUAGAUGAUUACGACGAUGUGGAUGAUGAAGAUGAAGACGAAGUAGAGGAAGACAACGGAGCUAACCUUUCGGCUGCCAACGUGAGUGGACCUCGACGUCCCGGCACCAAGCGGCGUCAUGAUGACAUUCAGGAUGGAAAAAAUGGGGAUAAUGCGGAGCACUGUGGAACUAAGCAUAAGCACGUUGAAGAUCGUGUGGAGACUCACGUUGAAAACGGAUCAACUGCUGAUGAUUAGACAGUUGAUAUAAACUUCAUUGUUCUUAUUUAGGCCAAAUUCCUAUUGUAUAUGUUAUGUUCAUGUUCAUCUUUUAUGUUUAACCACAAAUUCACCCAAAUGAACUAUGUAUUUGUACAGUACAUUUGCUGACAUCCUUUUUCGACAACACAUAAUUCAGUGUUAGCUAAUGCAUUUACUCAUUUGUAAUACUUUAUUACAUUGUUAAAUUUUCGGAACAUCUUUUUAACUAAAAUCUAUCCAUAUUUGUUGGGUUUUAAUCAUUAUAAAUUAUCAUUUUAACCAGUC